AUGUCGGACGAGCGGAAGAAUGACAAGUCGAAGAAGAAAGAAUCGAUUCUUGAGCUGAACAAAUAUCUGGACAAGGCGAUCCGGGUCAAAUUUCAAGGAGGACGAGAAGCCAGUGGCAUUUUGAAAGGUUUUGAUCAGCUUCUCAAUUUGGUGAUUGAUUCGACUACUGAGCAGCUUCGAGAUUUAGACGAUCCCUAUCGACCAUCGACAGAGUCAAGAAAUUUAGGACUUGUUGUUUGCCGUGGAACAUCUGUUGUGCUGAUUUCUCCCCAAGAUGGAAUGGAAGAAAUCCCCAACCCGUUUAUUCCCCAAUGA